UGGUUUGACAGCCUAUGGAGAAAGCACAGAUCUAUUGAAGACUCGGCAUGAAUAUUGAUUAAUUUCAUAUCCACCAGAUAAUAUGGGACUGGGGGCCAUCGGGACCCAACUCCGGAUUAUACCAGUAUGGCAGCAGGUGCAGAGUGAGUAUUGCUGUGUAUACAAAGUAUGGUUGACCCUGAGGCUGGAAUUUCACGAUAGGCCCUUCAUGUUAUUUCAUGUUAUUGUCAUUAAGCUUCUAGUCCACUCAUGUAAAUCUCUGCCAAAAGUUGAAGAGAAUAACGGUCAGUGGUGGCAUGGACUGGUCUGUCGGGAUCGAGACCGGAUGACGCGUGGCUUGAGCCAUUCGAACCCGCUCAUUGGCGUUCUGGCCGUUCUCAUUACAGUAGUAGUAGGCCGGUCGAACAUGUGUUCCUUCAGUCUUAGUGAUUAGUCGACUUCCCUACGUACUCCUGUAUGGAUAAUAAUCACCCCCAACUGGAAUACUACUAUGAUUGAC